AUGUCUGAUAACACACAAAAAUUGUGGGGUGGUAGAUUCACCGGUGAAACUGAUCCAUUGAUGCAUUUAUACAAUGCCUCUUUACCAUACGAUUACAAGAUGUACAAAGCUGAUUUGGAAGGUACCAAAGUUUAUACCGCUGGUUUACAAAAAUUAGGCUUACUUACUGAAGAUGAAUUGACCAAGAUUCAUUACGGAUUAGGUGAAAUCAAGAAGGAAUGGGAUGAAGAUAAAUUUGUUCGUCAUCCAAAUGAUGAAGAUAUUCAUACUGCCAAUGAAAGACGUCUUGGUGAAAUUAUUGGUCGUGAUAUUGCUGGUAAAGUUCAUACUGGUAGAUCACGUAAUGACCAAUGUGUUACUGAUUUAAGAAUUUACUGCCGUGAUGUCUUGAAUGAAAAGUUAUUCCCAGGUAUGACUUCUUUAAUUGAAGUUUUGAUUAAGAGAGCUGAAGAGGAAAUUGAUAUUUUAAUGCCCGGUUACACUCAUUUACAAAGAGCUCAACCAAUCAGAUGGUCUCAUUGGUUAAGUUCCUAUGCUACUUAUUUCACUGAAGAUUUGAAAAGAUUAAAACAAAUAUUGGAAAGAUUCAAUAAAUCACCAUUAGGUGCAGGUGCCUUGGCAGGACAUCCGUAUGGUAUCGAUAGAGAAUUCUUAGCUGAAGGAUUAGGUUUUGAUGGUGUCAUCGGUAACUCUUUGGUAGCAGUUUCUGACAGAGAUUUCGUUGUUGAAUUAAUGUUUUGGGGCACACUAUUUAUGAACCAUAUAUCUCGUUUUGCUGAAGAUUUAGUCAUCUAUUCCACAGCGGAAUUUGGUUUCAUUAAAUUAAGUGAUGCUUAUUCCACUGGUUCCUCUUUAAUGCCACAAAAGAAGAAUGCUGAUUCUUUAGAAUUAUUGAGAGGUAAAUCUGGUAGAGUGUUUGGUGACUUAGCUGGUUUCUUGAUGAGUUUGAAAGGUAUCCCAUCUACAUAUGAUAAGGAUAUGCAAGAAGAUAAAGAAUCAUUAUUUGAUUGUUUGACUACUGUUGAACAUUCUAUUUUGAUUGCUACUGGUGUUGUUUCCACUCUAACUGUUCAAAAGGACAAGAUGGAAGGUGCCUUAACUAUGGAUAUGUUGGCUACUGACUUGGCUGAUUAUUUAGUUAGAAAGGGUGUACCAUUUAGAGAAACUCAUCAUAUUUCUGGGGAAUGUGUUGCAUUGGCAGAAAACAUGGGUUUAAGUGGUAUUGAUAAAAUACCUUUAGAACUAUAUCAAAAGAUUGAUUCCAGAUUUUCUGAAGAUUUAUUUGAAACAUUCAAUUUUGAACAAAGUGUUGAAAGAAGAGAUGCAACUGGUGGUACCGCCAAAUCUGCCAUCUUAAAACAAUUGAAGAACUUACAAUCUCAAUUAUAA